AUGAAAAUCAUGCCGCAACCCUCAAGCCUUGAGAUGCCAAGAGGGGGCAAUGAUGAGGACACGACUCUUCAUUGGAAUCAAAAGCAGAAGGAGGAGUUGUUGCAACUCCUAGUAGAGUAUAACUGUAAAUACAAUGGUCGGAAACCGGUCCAAAAAAAUUGGAAAGAUUGGGCAACUGAACUACAAAAAUAUUUUAAGGAUCCAGUUACGGCAGCCAAGGUUCAACAGAUGAGAGUGCAUCUAAAAGGCAAGUUUGAUAAGGAGGUUAUACUACGUACAACCACAGGCCUUGGUUGGGAUCCUGUGACAGGCGCAGUGACUUGUACGGACGAGUAUUGGGAAGAUUUUGCUAAGAAUAAGAAGUGGGCUAAUGCUGCGAAGAAGCAGCCCCUUAAAAACUUUGACCUGUACUGCGAGGCCUUUGGUAGUACCCAUGUAGGUGGAGAAUUUGCAAAGGGAUUGGAAAACCCGACCACCGAGCAUGUAGACACAAUUCCAAUCCCGGCUGAAGAAGGUGAAGGGAGGGGGGGCGAUGUAGCAUUCGUUAGGCAACGAUGA